AUGGCGGACCAGUUCAAGGCUCGGACUUUGAAACGCAAAAAUGUCAAGGGCCUCGCCCUCAAUGCGACGCCCAAGCCCUCUACUGAUGGAGACGGUCAGGGCUCUGGUGCGAUUGGAAAUCCUGAGGGCACACACUCAGAUACCCUGGAGAUUGGCCUGGAGUUCCGACUGGACCUUCGAAGCGAAGACCUGGUGACACUGAAGGAACUGGGUGCUGGAAAUGGAGGUACUGUCUCCAAGGUGAUGCAUGCAUCCACGAAAGUGAUCAUGGCCCGGAAGAUCAUCCGAGUCGACGCCAAAGAGAACGUGCGGAAACAGAUUCUUCGAGAACUUCGGGUAGGCCACGACUGUAACUCGCCUUACAUCGUGACAUUCUACGGUGCCUUCCAGAACGAGGCAAGGGAUAUUGUGUUGUGUAUGGAAUAUAUGGAUUGCGGAUCUCUUGACCGCAUAUCGAAAGAUUUUGGUCCGGUCCGCGUCGAUGUUUUAGGCAAGAUCACGGAAUCGGUACUUGCAGGUCUUGUGUAUCUUUACGAAGCUCACCGAAUCAUGCAUCGUGACAUCAAGCCGUCCAACAUUACCGUCAACUCGCGGGGCAUGAUCAAGCUCUGUGAUUUCGGAGUAGCUACCGAGACAGUCAACUCGAUCGCUGAUACCUUUGUUGGCACCUCGACAUACAUGGCGCCAGAGAGAAUUCAGGGUGGUGCCUACACUGUUCGUUCAGAUGUGUGGAGUGUGGGGUUGACUGUCAUGGAGCUGGCUGUAGGGCGAUUCCCAUUUGAUACCUCAGACUCAUCAGCAGGAGAUCGUGCCAGUGCAGGCCCGAUGGGUAUCCUGGAUCUUCUCCAGCAAAUUGUUCAUGAGACCGCCCCGAAGCUACCGAAGAGUGAUGCCUUCCCACCCAUCUUGCACGACUUUGUCGGAAAGUGUUUGCUGAAGAAGCCUGAGGAACGACCAACACCACGAGAACUUUAUGACAAUGAUGCUUUCUUGCAAGCAGCCAAGCGCACACCCGUCGACUUGCAAGAUUGGGCCAUCAGCAUGAUGCAACGAGACAACCGCAAAUCAUACUUGCAACCCCCGGCACCAAAAUCGCUAAAGGACCCAACACCCACAUCAAGCACCCCAUCUUCAACCUCAACUUCAAAUUCAGCAGCCUCUGCUACACCUUCGCCAGCGCAAUAUCCCAAGCCGGCCCCGAUGAUCAAUCCAAUCAGUAACCCGCCCAGCAACCCUCGCCGCACUUCUCAGUCGCAAAAAUCCCCUUUUCAGCAGGCUCCUUCCGCCUCGGGCAACAUCAACAUCGUCAACGACAUCUCAUCUCCUCGUAACCACUAUAACCAUAGCCGGUAUUCUUCUUCACGAUCUGGAUCUACUUCUUCCCGAUCUGGAUCUGUUAACCCUCCUUCAUUGGAACACCUCUCACUGGAAACCAAGGACGAUAAUGACCCUCGCUCCGGCCGACAACAAACACGCUAUCUGGGUGAUCAUGUUUCGUCUUCCAACUCGCCAUCGAGACCAUUCAUGAGCCCACGCUCUCUCAGCUCAACCAAUACCAGGUCCCGGACCAAUUUGAACUCCUCAGCAAUGCCUGCAGCUCCUUCAAAUGGGCUUCCUCCUGCACCUCCUGUUCCAGCAGGUGGGACUUGGAGCAUCUACCCAAGCCGAAUGCCCGGUGGAGCAUCUUGA